CUUCUGUAUCGUUUUAAUAACAAUAUAUACUUUUUUGAUACACAUCCUUAUAAACCAAUAGAUAUUUCUAUUAAUUUUUAUUUUUUAUUUUCUUCAUUUUAAUUUAUUUCUUUUUAUUUUACAUAAAAAAUAUAUAUUUUUUUUAAUUGUUAAUUUCUUCUUUUUUUUAUUAUUAAAAGAAUUAUUAAAUAAAUCAUUUAAAAAAAAAUGAAUUGUCUUCAAGUAACAGGCGUCGAAAUUGUCGAUGAUUUUAUAACUGAUGAAGAUAUUAUUAAAAAAAUAACUAAAACACAAAUGGACGAAGAUUCAUUUUUCGUUCUCGAUGUCGGUGACUUAAUAAGAAAACAUAAAAUGUGGUUAAAGGAAUUUCCAAGAAUAACACCACAUUUUGCCGUAAAAAGCAAUUCGAAUUCAAUGGUUAUUAAAACGAUAGCCGCACUCAAUGGAAAUUUCGAUUGCGCUUCGCUGCAAGAAAUAAUGCAAGUUAUGGAAUGUGGAGUUACAGGAGAUAGAAUAAUUUUUGCUCAUCCAGUAAAAUUUCCAUCACACUUGAAAUACGCCAAAAAAGUUGGUAUUCAAAGAAUGACAGUUGACAAUCCGAAUGAAAUACAUAAAAUUAAAAGUAUUUUUCCAGAAGCAAAAAUUGUGAUUCGAAUACGUUGUGAUGCAAAAAAAGCGGAAAUAAAUUUGGGCAAUAAAUUUGGUUGUGAUCCCGAUCAUGAGGCAAAGGAAUUAAUUAAUUUGACAAAAAAACUGGGACUUCAUUUGCAUGGCUUUAGUUUUCACGUUGGUAGCCUUUGUAGAGAAAUAACAGCUUAUUGUCGAGGAAUUAAGAUCUGCAAUAAUUUAAUCGAUUAUGCAAAAUUAAUUGGAUGCAAUGAAGUGUGUCUUAUUGAUAUUGGCGGGGGAUUCCCCGGAGAAACUGAUGCAAAUAUACAAGAAUUUGCAGAAGUAAUAAAUGAAGCUUUAAAAGAUGUCGAUUCAUCAAUAAAAAUAAUCAGUGAACCCGGAAGAUAUUAUGUUACUUCAGCAUUUAAAUUAGUUGCACAAGUUCAAGGGAAAAAAAGAUUUCACCAUGGGAAUGAAGAACGAUUUUUUUACUAUAUUAAUGAAGGUGUAUUUGGAUCAUUUAAAGACGAAAUGAUGGGAUUGGAAGCAAGAGUUCCAACUUCCUUAAGAAAAACACAAAGCAAUAAAAAAUUUGUCAGCAUAAUGUGGGGACAAACAGCCGAUGAAAAAGAUUGCAUUUUGAAAAAUAUUUCACUUCCAGAAUUUGAAAUUGGCGAUUGGCUAAUUUGGAAAAAUAUGGGAGCUUACACAAUAAGUUUGGCUGCAUCAUCUCAUGGUUUUAAUUUAUCAAGAGUUUAUCCCAUUACACGAAGAAGUGAAUGGGAAAUUGUGUGCGCCGAGGAAAAUUUUACAAAAAAUGUAACAAUGACAAAUAAAAAAAAAUUAACUGACUCUUCGAAAAAGGUGACAAAUGAUAUUGAGAAUUUCAGGGAAAUAUUAAAAACAACAAAUGUUCCCGCUCAUGAUGUUUGUUGUUAAGAGUAUAUAUAAAAAUAAUAAUAAAAAUAAAUGCAAAAUAAAGAUUUUGUGAAAUUUUAUAACAUCAAAUCGUAUAUAUAUAUAUAUAUAUAUAUAUAUUAAAGAGCGUGAAAGAUAAAAAUAGAAAACAAAAAAAAAGAAAGAAUAAACAAUUUUCUCCAACGCAGAGAAUAUAUUCUUUAAUCAGUGAUAAGGAGUGGAAAUUCAUUAAUCAUUUCUCAACAAAAGAAAAA